CCCGCGGUUGCCCUGGGGCCGCUGCUCCUGUCCCUGGCACUUCUUGCGCGGGACGCCGCCGAAGGGGUCGCCGCCUGGGAGGUGGGCCGGGAGGACCUGGUGCCGUUGCUGCUCCUGGGCCUCGUAGUGGUGCCCAUGGGGAUGACGCUGACAACGGCGGGAUCGCAGCUGCUGCCGAGCGCGGAGUCUGGGAUGCUCAUCUCGACGAAACCGUCUGCAGCCCCGUCCUGGCGGCCCACGUGGUCGGAGAGAAGGUGCCUGCCCGCGAGUGGCUCGGCCUGGCCAUCGUGGUCACCACGCUCGUGGCGCACGCGGCGGCGUCGUGA